UGACAUAAUAAGACCCUGUUUCCAAAAAAUAAAAAAUAAAAAAUAAUUUUUUUAAUCAAAUAUGGGAGAGGGUAUGUUAGGGUUCCUCUGAAGUCUGGGAAGGGAAGAAGUGGGGUCAUGUUGUAUCUGGGCAAAAACUUUGCCAAAACUUCUCCCCUUCUGCUCUGUAAAUUCCCUUUGGGAAUGCUUUGCCGCCCCCAAGAUACAUGAGCCUUCCUCCUGGGGUCUUCAGCAGCUAAAGAAUGUCACGGCCACCCCAGCACAGCAUGGCGGGGCUGCCUUCAUCUCAAUGCCUGAGAGCUUGAAGCAGGAUUGCCAUGAGUUUGGGGCCAAUCUCCACUACAGAGCAGUCCAAGCUAGUCUGAGCUGUCUCAAAAGAACAAAACCAAACCAAACCAAAAAACCAGUCGUUGGUAUAACUGGGGGCUUCUGAGGUCCAUUCUGAUGAGGCAAGAUCUUGGAGGCACAUGUAAUAGAAUUAAACUAUCAGCUCUUGCCCUAGCUGAGCAGCCUUGAGUCUUCCUUCAUGGCAGAGGCCAGAGCAUGGCUCACUGGUGCCUGGCAGCAUGAGGCUAGCCCAGCCGGACAUGGUGUCUGAAGCCCCUACUGAAGUGGACAGGCUGGUUUGGCCACUAGCAGAUGGAGCAGACAAGAGCCCACUAGGGGUCCUCAGCACGACAGAGCCACUGCUUCGACUGCAGAGGACACAGAGAGUGUGGCAGGUCCCCGAGCUGGACAUUCAGCAUGCCAAGGCCUUUCUGGAGCUGUGGCCACUAGGGAGCUUCCUGGUCAUCGGACAUGACCCUGGCCAGCUCCUGAUGUUGAAGACAGGACCUUCCUCAGGAGAUAUCAACACCUAUCACAUUCAGAAGUUUCCUGGAGGUGUGUCUCUGGAAUCCUCCAACCUUUGUAUGCCUGACUUUCCCCAUCUCCUGGCCUUUCUGUCAGCCAGCAGGGACGUUUUGCCAAGAACUCUGCUCUUGCCCACUCCUACUGUGGGAACUGGAGAGAAGCACUCAGAUCCUCGUCAGCUUGGCUGCAUCCAGGUGGACACCUCAGGGAGGGUGCUGUCUGUAGUGAACCAGCUCUACCUAGAGACGCAUGGAGGCUGGGAAACAGAGACUCCACAGCAAACAGAGCCAGAGACUGGCCAGAAAUACAGUCUAGCCCCCAGGAAGCCCAUCCCACACCGGGUCUCUUGGGUGGAAGACCCUCAGAAACCGGAAGCUCAUCAUACUGGACAGGAAGUGCAUCAUCCAGAAAGACAAGUGCAUUAUCCUGGACCAGAAGCCCAUUCCCUUGGGCCGGAAGUGCACUUUCCUAGUCCGGCUCUAGAAGAGAAGGAGGAAGUGAACGAUGACAGCUACAGAGAUGAAGAGGAAGGCUGUGAGAAUAUGCUCACUGCCCACAUCCGUGCUCUGGCCAGGGCUCGGAGCAGCUAUGUAGCCAGACAGUACCGAUGCCUUCGGGAACGCCUCAUCUCAGAUUCUGGAAAUCCCUACAGCCCAGGGGACCCAGCCACAGAGUUGCUUCAGGAUGUGCGCCAGCUCCUCACUGACCUCCAGAAUUACCUGGCAAAAGAUCCCGACGUCAGAGCUGUCUUUGGGAACAUCCCUCGGGGGGAAGAUCUUGGCCCCGCUUUGGAGGUGGCCCUGUGUCGAGCGGUUCUAGAGCCCCUGAAGCCCGCCCUGUGGACCAAACUCCGAACUCUCAGAGCCCAGGAACUGCGACGCCUGCGCCGGCGCCAAAUAGCCUUGAGGGUAGGAGCAGGGCCCGAGGGACAGAGCCCUGCCUUGCGGAACCGUAUCCACGCACGCCUCGCCCACCUGCACGCGGCGUGCGCCCCGCGCCGCAAGGUGGCGCUGCUGCUGGCAGUGUGCAGCGACGUCUAUGCGGGCCUGGCCUGCAGUGAGAAUAAAGAGCCCCUGGGGGCCGAUGCCUUUUUACCUGCUCUAACAGAGGAGCUGAUCUGGAGUCCACACAUUGGGGAAACACAACUAGAUGUGGAGUUUCUUAUGGAGCUCUUGGAUCCAGGGGAGUUGCGAGGAGAAGCUGGGUACUAUCUUACCACGUGGUUUGGGGCUCUCUACCACAUUGCUCACUACCAGCCGGAAACUGGCCGUGCACCCCAGGGGCUCAGCUCUGAGGCCCGGGCCUCCCUACGCCAGUGGCAACGAAGGCGGACACUGCACCAGCAAGCCCAGCCCACAGACCAGGCCACCCAGCCCUUUGAGGAGCCGUGGACAAUAGGGGACCCAUGAUGGAGUUCUCAAACCCCAGUCGCCUCUGAACCUUUUGACCCACUCCUCUGCUAAGCAAGAUUCUGGAGGCAUCUGGGUCAGCACAGGGUGGGGCAGGAAAAGAGCCAUGCCUCUUACCCUGUUCCUACUUCUCCCUUCCUUCCUUCCUUCCUUCCUUCCUUCCUUCCUUCCUUCCUUCUUUUCCCUCCUUCUGAUCUGUCCAGAUGUUACCACAAUGAGGCUCUCCCCAGCAAACAAAACCCAUCCCCAAACAGUACUACAACUACAACCCUCUCACCUGAAUCCCUUUGGGGUAGGUAGAAUAAAGGCACAGUCCCCAAAAGGCGUCUACAUCCUGAUCCUAUCUGUGACUGUGACACUUAACUUGGUCAAGUGAUCGUUAGGAAAAGGACAGCAUGUCUGGACCUGAGACGGGAACUUAUUCUGGAUUCUUCUGCACCUUAUGUAGUUGAGGGUGACAAAGGUAUGGGGAACAUUAUGAACUUAUGCCCCCAGUUACACAGCAGAAUGAGGUGGAAAAAUUACUUGAGGCCAUGACCGUGAGGACACUGUGAGACUGAAACCUAGUAGGUGUUCAGGACAGUGGCACUGAAACAUAGUAAGUAUCUGCCUUGAAAACCUAUCAGUGCCCUAAUCUCUGUGACCUUAUUUGGCAAAAGUGUUUGUGCAGCCAUUGUUGUUGUUGUUUUAGUUUUUCAAGACAGGGCUCCUCUGUGGAGCCCUAGCUGUCCUGGAACUUGCUGUGUAGACCUGGCUGGCCUCAAACUCAGAGAUCUGCCUGUCUCUGCCUCCAGAGAGUUGGGAUUAAGGGUGUGUACCACCACCACUGCCCCGCUUGUUCGGCCAUCAUUGAAGAUAAGAUGAGGGACAGGGUCCCGGGGAUUGUGUCUAUGCCUCCAGGAGCACCCAUAGGAUACAGAAGACAAGGAGAACAGAUGGGAACAAGAGAAAGAGAUGGGAGGAUCAGAAAGAAAUGAAAAGAUACUGGCUUUGAAGUCAGAGGAAGGAGACAAGCCACAAGACGCAGAAGCCACCAGAUGCUGAGCAAUUCCAGGAAAUGCUCUGCCCGCUAGAACGACAGAAGUCCUGGGGCCCUGCUCACACCCUGGUUUCUGUAAAAUUAGUGAUGUCAGAACUCUGACCUCCAGAAUUGUGAGCAAAUAAAUUCCUGCUGUCUUAAGA